AUGUUUAUCCAAGCUUUACUUGUUCCUCUUCUCGCCACAUUGGCUAUUGCCUCACCCGUCACCCCAAGAACCGAAGAGGACGAAUACAUCCGAUCUGUUUCCAACCCCAAUCUAUAUGUGACCGUUCAAUAUGGAUAUGCAGCCCCCGGAACCCUGGUAGCUAUGACAGGGGGACCGUCGAAACAGUUCCAAUUCUUCUCUGUCGCCGAUCCUCAACAAGGUCAAAUCAAGUUGAUUUCUGAUGAAACCAUGUGUCUGGAUGCCGAUACUUCCAAUGGCAAUGGUGGGAAAGUGACCAUUGAAACUUGUGAGGAUGGAAAGGAUUCGCAGGUGUUUACCGUUACUGCGGCUCCAGGAAAUCCGGCUUAUUCGAGAUACGCAAUUGGUUUAGCUCAAGCUCAAUGUCUCGAUGUUGUCAAAGAUAGCGUACCGAUUGAACGAAAACCAUAUGGUUCUCAGAAAGACUUACAAACAUGGGAAUGUCAUGCUGGCGAUCACCCGGACGCCCAGCAACAAUAUUUUGACCUCGUUUCCGAGUAA